CCUGCAGUCAACCGUCAUAAAUGUCAAAGUCGAUGUACAAUUACAGAGAGGUCUAAUUGAUCCCAAUAUCAGGAAAAUGUGUAAGAAUCAAAUAAAUGCUUUUCUUUUGAUUCGCAAAUGGUGACACUUUUUCAACAAUCGAUACCUGUCUAACUUCAAACAACGAAUCACAGGUGAUUAUUUAACAAUCACAUUGCUCAUUAAGAAAAACGAGUAAAAAAUGAGCUGCAACAUUCAUGAACAAACAUGAAUACUUCAUUACAGAUAUGUCUGUGUAACUAACUUGUGGAAUAAGUAAGAAGUGUGAUUACAUAACUAAGCAACCUGGAUAAAUUCAGCGUCUGCUUUAUGAAAACUCUUCGAAAACGUACUUAACCAACUACUGAAAUCUCAGUGUCUUAAGCUGAUAAAUGAUACAAGUAUUCAUGAUUUUUUCAAAUUGUUCAGAAAUUUGGACAAUGGUACAAUAAAUACACCAAUAAUAAACCAUGAGAGCACGAUAAAUACAUUGUCUCUACAGAAGAAAUUAAACCAUAUAUUCACGAUUGUGCUUUUCUGAUGUACCUAAAUAUUUCAAACGACUCCUUACAGAGCUUCCAUAAUAUGUCAGGCGAGUUUAAACCAAAGGUUGCGAUAUUUCAAGCCAUUGUUAUUAUAUUGUUUUCUAUGGCAAUCAUCGUAUGUAACGUUGUCCUAAUAAUGGCGGUAUUACGAACGCCGAAUUUACACACAAAAACAAACGCUUUGUUGGUGUCUGUUUCAUUAAGUGAAGUGAUGCUAGGUGUGUUUGUUAUGCCUUUCAUAGCAUCACUUCUGAUUAAGCCUUCAUUAAGAUUCUCGUCUGGACUUUGUGACUUUAUAGCAUUCAUGACAUCAGUUCAAGCUUCUUCUAGGGCACUUAGCAUGUUCAGUGUUGCUGUUGACAGGUGUGUGGCAAUUUCUCAUCCACUACAGUAUAACAGCUGUAUCACUAGAAAAACAAUUACUUUAUUUGCUGCAAUUGUUUGGAUCUUGAGUAUAAUAUUUGCAGUAUUUCCUUACAUUAACGUUGGAAAAUAUUCAUUUCUUACGGUUUAUGGCCGAUGCAUGAUCGAUUAUCAUGUAUCAUCCGUUUUUGCGAUCGUGAAGGAGGUGACGUGUACAUUAGUGCCAUCUAUUGGUGUAUUUAUCACUUUUGUUAUUGUGAUUACCGAAGCUCGGUCACAUCAUCGGGUUACUAUGAUAGCUCAACUAGCUAUUGCAAUGUACUCCGGACCAGUUCGAGGAGUCAACUACACGAGAAGUACUUUCAAAGCAUUGAGAACAUAUCUAGUCAUUUCAUGUAUUUACUUAUUUACUUGUUUUCCAAGGUCUUUAUAUGUCAUUUCGGUAUCAGCUAAUCAGCGUCAUUCAAAUUCAUUGUUUACAUUUUUCACUUUCUUAACAUACAUUUGCUCCAUAUCAACACCUCUAGUUAUAUCUACUUUAAAUAUAAAAUUUCGACAAAGUAUUGUCACAUUAUUUGAAUCGAAAAACAAAGUCAAUCCAAUUUCUGACUAUGAACCCUAUACAAUAUCAACGGGAUUGCAUACAAUUCUGGAACAUUCAAUGGUGUUUAAAUGUGUUCCGAAUAAAGACCAAAAGUUCUCAAAAAUGAGUUCAUUCAGAGAACCAGUAGCUGGACCAUCAAGGCAAUUACCUAUUGUGCGAUUUCAGCCUCGUAGGGUUUCAGUUCUACAUGAAGCACAAAGUUCAAGUUCUAGUGGAAUUACAGUAAUGAAACCAGGACAUGCUGUGCUAAGGAAGACGCUGUCAUCACCGUCAUGAUCAAAUAUUGUAUCCUCACAUUCAUUGGUAUCACUGUAAUAAAAACCAGGUCAUGCUGUUUAAAGGAAGACACACACGAGAUAACUUCAUAAGUUUUAUCAACAAAACCAUUAAAGCUUUCCGAUGGUGUUUUUCAUCAUAAUCAUUCCAUUAGUUUUCAUAGAUUGUCACAGGGAUAUUUAUUGUUUGUUAUAAUGUUGUGU